UUUUAAUUAAAUUAUGUCAUUUCCUGCCAAGAAACUCAGAAUUUUAUGCCUGCAUGGUUAUUACAACAAUGUUGAUGUUAUGAGGUACCAAAUGGACUUCUAUAUGACUGCUUUCAAGGAUUUCGCUACUUUUGAAUUUCUUAAUGGUGUCUACAAGAUCGAUUAUGAAUAUGAUCCACAAAUAACAAAAUAAAUUUGAAGGGCCAUUCUAUGGAUGGGGGAAUCUUGACAUGGAAAGAGAACAAAUGACUGGGACCCUUGAAGCUACUAAUUAUGUUAUAGACUACAUCAACAAUACUGGCCCUUAUGAUGGAGUUUUAGGGUUCUCUCAGGGAUGACUUGUUGCUAGAUUACUGCUCAAAAAUAAAGAAUUACGUCAAUAUUGUAAAAAGCUUGACUAUCCUCUUAAUUUUGGAAUUCUGGUAGCUGCCUUGGCUUACUAUCACCUAAAUCCUUUCCAUGAUAGACCAGAAGACUACGAAAUCUUGCACACAAAGUAUGAACAACCUUUAUUCUAUCUUUAUGGGAAGAACGACCCUUUAAUUUAUUACAUUGAAAAGUGAGUAGUAUCAGAGGGAGAAUACUCUGUGUUUUUACAUGGAGGAAAGCAUAAAAUACCUAGACUCAUUGGCUCAAAUAUUGAACCUCUGCUAAGAUUCAUCUCAAAGAGGUAUUGGGACAAGUACAAAUCAGUGUUGGUCAUGUCAAAGCCAAUAGAUAAGGACUAUGAAAUAGAGUAUAUGAAUUCCUUUCAGAUUCCUUUGAGAAGUAAGAUUUAAAACUUAUAAGCAUGACAUCAUUAAUAAAAUGGUUC